UCCCACCCGGCGCUGACACCGGCAGUGACGCAAAGAUGGCGUCCUCCGCUGCCCGGCUGACUUCACGCUGGUCAUCUACCGGACAGCUUUGCGGUCGGUUUCUCACCGUCCCCGUCAGACAUGCUGGAGUUUGUUCGGCGACGACAUUGCAGACACACCGGGGAGGGACACCGGGCAGCCGGAGCUCCGGUAGAGUCACACACGGAGAUGUCGUGACAUUGAGACGAGGGACAGGCUGCAGCCCCCACGGCCUCGCCUGCCACUCCUUCCACACCGGCUGCAGCUUCACAAGCAAGCAGGACCUCUACGACGUGUUGGGCGUCUCCCGCUCGGCCACUCAGAAGGACAUCAAGAAGGCGUACUACCAGUUGGCAAAGAAGUUCCACCCGGACACCAGUCCAGACGACCCCGAGGCCAAAGACAAGUUCGCCAAACUGGCCGACGCCUACGAGGUGCUGAGUGACGAGCUGAAGAGGAAGCAGUACGACGCGUACGGAGCGGCGGGCUUCGACCCGAGCCGCGGCGGCGCAGCGGGCCAGCAGCAGUACUACAAGGCGGGGGGGUCCAACAUCGACCCCGAGGAGCUCUUCAGGAAGAUCUUUGGAGAGUUCACCGGAGGGGGGGGCUUCGCAGACAUCAACAACAUGUUCAAGCAGAGACCGGAGUUCGUGAUGGAGCUCAGCUUCUCUGAGGCGGCGAAGGGUUCGGACAAGGAGCUGAGCGUGAACAUGGAUGACGUCUGUCCGCGCUGCGUCGGGAAGGGCAACGAGCCGGGAACCAAAGUGUCUCACUGUCACUUCUGCAACGGCACCGGGAUGGAGUCCAUCAUCACGGGUCCUUUCACGAUGCGCACCGGCUGCCGACGCUGCGCUGGGAGGGGCUCCAUCAUCAACACGGUGUGCGCUCUGUGCCGGGGGUCCGGACAGACCAAGAAGAGGCAGACGGUCACCGUCCCGGUUCCUGCCGGGGUGGAAAACGGUCAGACGGUGCGCAUGUCAGUCGGGAAUAAAGAAAUCUUCAUCACAUUCAGGGUCCAGAGGAGCCCGGUGUUCAGGCGCAGUGGCGUGGACCUCCACUCCGACGUGUUGAUCUCUGUCGCUCAGGCCGUGCUGGGGGGCACGGCCACGGCCCCCGGCCUCUAUCAGCCCAUCAGCAUCCUGGUUCCGGCCAGUUGCCAGGCGGAUCAGGUGAUCCGGCUGCAGGGGAAAGGCAUCCGCAGGAUGAACAGCUACAGCUACGGAGAUCACUACGUACACAUCAAGAUCAGAGUGCCAAAGUAAGACUCUUCUGCGCGUUCAU